CCUCGCCACUUCAACACCUUCGUCCAGUCCUUUCCUCGCGAUCGCCCAAAUCCUUUCCUCCCCGCCCGCGCCGGCGCCGCUCCGAAUCCCGAGACGCCCCCGAUGCCCGCCGCCGUCGCUGCUGCUGCGGCCGCUGCGUCGGCCGGUGCGGUCCUGCUCUGCCUGCUCCUCAACUGCCGCCCACAGCCGGCGCUGGACGCCCAGAGGGAGAGUGAAAGGGGGGAGGACGAGGCGUCGCCGCUCCUGUCGGGCUCGGGGCCGGGGAGCGACCGCGAGGAGGAGGAGCCGUGGCCGGACAGGGCACCCGUGACCUGCUGCGAGGCGGCCGCGGUAGCCGCGCGCACGGCGCGGCGCACGUGGGAGCUCACCGUCGGGCGGUGGGGCCUCCACGGGCUCGCCUUCGGUAUCAAGCGCCACAUGAAGCGCCAGGGUAAUUUGCAGCAUGAGUACAGUGGAAAUGACUGUCUCCAACUUAAAGGACAUCAGACAUAUACUGAAGUAUCUUCUCUCCUUGAGCACUUGAAGCUUUGCAUGUUCUUCUCAAAGAAAUCUUUUUCAGCAUUUCUGAAGUUUGGUGGGUACAAACAAGAAGACAUUCUUAUUCACAAGGCUAGGGCGAGGCUCAUGCAGCCUUCUUUUGCAUUGGUGUGUGACAAAAGAACCAAGUGCUUGCUGCUUUUCAUUCGAGGUGCUAUCAGCACUAAAGAGCGCCUGACUGCAGCAACUUCUGCUGAAGUUCCUUUUCACCAUAUAAUUCUAUCUGAAGGAAAGAUCAGCAAUGUAGUUUUAGGGUAUGCACACUGUGGGAUGCUUGCUGGAGCUCGUUGGAUCGCAAAACUUGUUAUUCCCCAUCUUCAUAACAAAAUGCAGGAAUUUUCUGGGUACCACAUAAAGGUCAUUGGGCAUUCAAUGGGAGCUGGCAUUGGAGCGAUUCUGACUUAUAUUCUCCAUGAGCAUUAUGAGUUCUUGUCAUGCAGCUGUCUGGCAUUUGCUCCUCCUGCAUGUAUGACAUGGGAGCUGGCGGAGUCAGGAAAGGAUUUCAUCACUUCUCUUGUCAAUAGAAAUGAUGUGGUACCAGCAUUUUCGAAAGUUUCUUCGGAGAGCCUGCGAUCUGAGGUGAUGGUUUCAUCAAAGCUGGAUGAUGUGCAGGAUCACUUUCACCAUGGUUUAUUCGCCACUAUAAGCCAGCGUGUUGCCUUCAUCAGGUCCCAUAUGCUCUCCAUCUCUCACUCAACAGGGAAGAUUGCAGAUUACGGCUCUAGUAUUUCUGAGCCUUUGCUUAAAGAUACAAUACCGCCCACAGCAAAUGGACACGGCGUUGACUGCAGCCAGCAGCAACAGGUGGUUGCCUCUGAAGAAACGGUCGUUGUACUGGUUAACAAUAACGACCAUUUCACCAGUUUGAAGGCCGCUGAUUCAGGCGUCACAUCACAAGAAGGUUCAGACAGCAACGCGGCAUCAUCGGACAGUCCACAACGGCCGCCCCCGCCGGCAGACGAAGCCCCGAACCAGAAUGGCACCGGAAAGGAUAAGCAGAAAGAACCGGUCUCAGCGGGCUGCUCGUCGUCGCGCCAGCUCUUCCCUCCUGGGAGGAUCAUCCACAUGGUCGCGCUGCCGCCGCAGCAGCCGGACCCAAACUCCGACGACGGCACGAGCAGCGGUGAGGUCGUUGGCAUAUACGAGACGCCGAGGGGUUUGUACGGGAAGAUACGGCUCGCGCCCAACAUGAUUAAAGAACAUUACAUGCCUAGCUAUAUACGUACGAUGGAAUCGUUGUUGGAACAGCUCCAGAAGGACGACGAUGAUGGCAGUGUAUGUACAUGUACCGCACCAAGUGACCUGUGAAUUCUUGUGGAGAACUCGGGCAGUGAUUAUUCCAAUUCUUUCUUAACCAUUUCGUAUUGCAUUAUUGGAAAGGAAAAAAAAAGUACAAUAAUGUGGGUGUGUGUUUGGUAAAAUAUGA